AUGGCUGUGGUAAAUAAGUUAUUCGGUUUAGCGUUAAUGUAUUUAUUGUUUGUAUUGUCUUGCGUUUGUUCUGAAGACGUGUGUGUGAAGAAAACUCCAUGUAUGUGCGUUUUCCCUAAUGGCACCGGUGUGGAUCUUACACCAGUGUCUGGCUCUUCGUUUUAUACAGCCGUAUAUUUUGUGCACAAGAACAAAGAUACGGCAAAUGCAGAGUACACAUUUUUCACUUACUAUUUCCAUCCUUGCUCGAAUCUUCUCACCAAUCGUACAAAUUUACCAGACGAUACUUGUGAUAUGCCUUUGUCUUUGUAUCGAGUGUUUUCUGUUAUGAAACUAGAUACUACAUCAAAAGAUAAUGCUACAUACAAAUUAAGUCAAACUACUUGUAAUUACCUUGGAAAAUCAGAGAUGAUGCUUUUCAAAGAGGAUGGAAAGGCCCUUAUCUAUGAAAAUCUUCCUUCAAACACUACAGUGCAAUUAAGUUGUGCUCAAGGUGUUGAUCAACUGCAUGUUACAUCUGUUGACGAGCCAAAUAAUAUUAUUCUUACCUUCUAUUCAAGCCAGGCUUGUUUGAAACAAAUAGAGCCAGAGGGAUCUGGUCGGUCGUUUGGGUCCACUCUUCUCAUAAUAUUCUUUUCGUUUGUCAUAUUCUACCUUGUUCUGGGAGUUUGCACAAAGAAAUUCCUCAUGGGAGCAACGGGACUAGAAGUUAUACCCAAUUUAGGAUUCUGGACUGAUCUACCUCAUCUCGUCAGAGAUGGGUGGGCGUUCGCGAUAAACGGUUUCAAGUUGCCUUCGCGCGGCGUCGGCUCCCCCGCCGCGUCCGACCCCAACAGCUACGACAGCAUAUAA